AUGGACGAGGAGUAUCGGAGGAAAACCGCGGUGCAGACCGUGGCCGCGGUCUUCCUGCCUAUCGCUGCUAUUGCAGUGAUGCUGCGCUGUUAUGUGCGAGGAUGGAUUGUGAAAGCAUUUGGGUGGGAUGAUGCCGCAAUGGUUCUUGCAAUGUUGUUCUACGCCAUGUUUUGUGGAACUAUGAUUGGUGGCACACUCUAUGGAACAGGCUUAAAAUUCGAGCAUCUCGAGCCUAAUAACAGAGUCACGGCCAUGAAAUACUGGUGGCUCUGUGAGAUUGCCUAUUGUUUCGCCUCGAUCUUUUGCAAGAUCUCCGUUUGUCUAUUCUUAAUGCGCAUCACCAUCAAGCGCCUUCAUAUCUGGAUUCUUUACACCGUCAUGGUCUUGACCGUCAUUGCUGGAUUGGUCUUUAUGUUCCUGAUGCUGUUGCAGUGCAAGCCGCUGUCAUACUUCUGGACAAGGGUUACCAUGGACCCCAGUAUCCCCGGAUACUGCAUUAGCAUCGAUAUCAUUAUCGUCAUGACCUACAUCUACAGUGCCUUUUCUGCGUUGUGUGAUUUCACAGUCGGUAUCUUGCCAAUCUUCCUUGUGCACAAGUUGCACAUGAAGAAGCAGACCAAGAUCGCUGUCAUGGGUAUUUUGAGCAUGGCUUGCAUUGCUUCAUCAGCAGUUAUUGUUCGCAUUCCUUUUGUCCAAACCUUCGCCGAUGACGACUUCCUCUACGCAACCUUCGAAAUCGCCGUCUGGUCCAACAUCGAGGCAGGUCUAGGAAUUACGGCCGGAAGUCUAGCAACCCUCCGCCCCCUCCUCCGCAUGUGGACGGGCUCCCGCUCCGACCCAGACUACUCAAGCGGCUUCCCAGGCGCACGCUCACGGUCCGCAUCCCGACAACUAGGCGGAAACGACCGACCAUUCCCUUUGGGCUCGCUUGAUGACAGCGCCCAGUCCCGACUGAGACCGGAUAAGCUGGCUGUCACUGUGACGACUAUCAAGAGCCAGCGCGAUCUUGAUGGCGGGUCGUUGAGUCCUAGUAACAGUGAGGAGAGGUUAACUGUUGAUCGGCCCUCGCCUCGCUUGACUGAGGAUAUUGGAUUGGGUAUUCAUCGGACGUUUGAGGUUACGCAGACGACGACUGAAAGUGAGGAGAUUGAGCGGCGGGCUAGGGCAUACGUAUAG